UCAGACGAAAAGCCGGCUGUUGUGCUGCGAGAUGCCGCGGAUAUAUAAGUCGAUGGAGCGAGCUGAUGCAACACGCGCUGAAGAUAACACAGCGGCUCAAGAAGAAAGACCUGAGCGACGGGAUUUGUCCUUUGGCUGCAAAUAGAUUCUAAACUGGUACCAUCAUGCCUGUCAUCAGAAGCCUCACUAAGGUGGCCAAGCAGGCCCUGCUCAGCAGCCCCGCCUGCGGCUGCCAGCCCCUGACGGUGGCUGUGCGGAACAUCAGCUUCUCCCCGCGUCAGGUGACAUCAGACGCCAGCUUCCACUCAGUGUCCUUCUCCGAGACGGACCACCCCAAGGUGCUCAUUACAGGGGGUCUGGGACAGCUCGGGGUGGGACUGGCCAAAUUGUUGAGGAAGCGGUUCGGGAAGAACAAUGUCAUCCUGUCUGAUAUCAGGAAACCAACCAGCAACGUCUUCCACAGUGGCCCCUUUAUCUACUCUGACAUCCUGGACUACAAGAACCUGCGGGAGAUUGUGGUGAACAACCGGAUCACCUGGUUGGUGCACUACAGCGCCCUCCUCAGCGCGGUGGGGGAGGCCAACGUGGCCCUGGCACGCUCCGUCAACAUCACCGGCCUGCACAACAUCCUGGACAUCGCAGCGGAACACGGCCUCCGUCUGUUCGUACCCAGCACCAUCGGCGCCUUCGGACCCACCUCCCCUCGCAACCCGACCCCCGACCUGUGCGUGCAGAGACCGCGAACCAUCUACGGCGUCUCCAAAGUGCACGCUGAACUCAUGGGAGAGUACUACCACCACCGCUACGGCCUGGACUUCCGCUGCCUUCGCUACCCAGGAAUCAUCUCCGCUGACUCGAUGCCCGGAGGCGGCACGACAGACUACGCCGUGCAGAUUUUCCAUGACGCCAUCAAAUCCGGCAAGUUCGAAUGCAACCUGAGGCACGACACCCGACUUCCCAUGAUGUACAUCGACGACUGCCUGCGGGCGACUCUGGAGGUGAUGGAGGCUCCCGCUGACACGCUCUCCAUGAGGACGUACAACAUCAACGCCAUGAGCUUCACCCCAGAAGAGCUCUCCCAGGAGCUUCACAAGCAGAUGCCCGAGGUGGAGGUCACGUACGACGUGGACCCCGUCAGACAAGCCAUUGCUGACAGCUGGCCCAUGAACUUCGACGACUCCAACGCCAGGAGAGACUGGGGCUGGAAGCACGACUACGACCUCCCAGAGCUGGUCCAGACGAUGCUCAACUACCUUAGCGCAGACACACUCAUGGCUCGGGCCAACUGAACGCACACCUCUGUGCUCUUUGUAAAUAUUGUAGAGUUGACCAAAGAGAAUAGAGAAACAUGAACACAGUGAUACCCACACUUCAGAGUCAAAAUCAGAAGGCUUGGCUUGUCUGGCACGUCUGCAGAACGUAAGGUCGCGGCGGGCUCGGCUCGGCGUCAAGCAGCGUGGCGUGGCAUGGCGUGUCAGUGGAAGGUCGCGGUGUUAUCAGGGUUACCCAUGAGGCCUGCUCUUACAUGGUGUUACAAGUGUUACAUGGUGAUUAUUGCUUUCUAUCUUCUUCUCUGACAAUUCAACUUCUGUGCUCGCUACAUCUAAAAAAACAUAAAUUCAUGUCAAGGGUUGGAUGAAAUGAGCAAAGUCCCAAACGACAGGCUAGUGUCUGUACGGUGCAUCUGUACUUGUAGUGCAGGGAAACGCUUCCGAAGAUUUCUUCUCUCUAUUCCACUGAACUUUUAUUUAUUUUCUAUUUUGUCUAAAUGUUUCUUAAAGAGUUUUUUUUUUUUUUUUUUGGGAGGGAUAUGUUAUGUGGAGCCACAGUCAGUGAGCUCACAUUGAACAAUUGUAUGUUUUCGCAACGUCUGACGAUCACAUGACUUGCUGCGACAAUUAAAGUCUUUUGCUUGUUUACAA